AUGAAGUCCGUGGUGCUGCCUAUAAACAACUCCAACGCCCACUGGACGAUCAUCAUUGUGGUAGUGGAUCGGUAUGAGAUAGGCAAGCAACUAUCGCGAGCUUUCAUGCAGGGCAGGAAGAAGGAGUGGGAGCUCGUGUGUGUUCUUGUUGUCCUUGAAGUAGGCCAUCGUAUUCAGGUGUAG